AUGACUCUCGCUAAGGUUGCUUUCACCCUAGCCAACUUGGUGGUCGUGGGUUCAGCUGCGAAGAAUGUCGCAGAUGGGUUUGUUGCUGCACCAUACUAUCCCGCUCCUUAUGGGGGAUGGGACGAAGCAUGGGCAGAUAGCUAUGCCAGAGCUAAGAAGAUGGUCGACUCUAUGACGUUGGCUGAAAAGACCAACAUCACAGCUGGUACUGGUCUCUUCAUGGCUCAUCGCGUUGGCUUCCCUCAGCUCUGUCUCAACGACGCUGCCAAUGGCGUUCGACUAGCCGACAACGUAACUGCUUUUCCAGAUGGCAUCACAGCCGGUGCAACCUUUGACAAGAAACUCAUGUAUGGACGCGGUGUAGCAAUCGGAAAGGAAGCACGCGGUAAGGGCGUAAACGUCUGGCUUGGUCCGUCCGUUGGUCCUAUCGGGCGUAAGCCAAAGGGUGGACGCAACUGGGAAGGCUUUGGAGCAGACCCAUCGCUACAAGGUAUUGGCGCACGAGAGACUAUCAAGGGUGUCCAGGAGCAGGGAGUCAUUGCUACAGUCAAGCAUCUUAUUGGAAAUGAGCAGGAGAUGUAUCGACGACAGACUACUGAUCUUGUAUCUCCUGCAUACUCGGCAAACAUUGAUGAUCGAACUAUGCAUGAGUUGUAUCUCUGGCCUUUUGCGGAGGCAGUAAAAGUCGGAGUUGGAGCGACUAUGACUGCGUAUAACCGAGUCAACGGCACUAUAUCCAGCGAGCACUCAUAUCUCAUCAACGCUUUGUUGAAAGAGGAGCUGGGCUUCCAAGGCUUCGUCAUGACAGACUGGCUCUCUCAGAUCACUGGCGUGCAAUCAGCCAUUGCGGGAAUGGACAUGAGCAUGCCUGGUGAUACUAUCAUCCCUCUCUUUGGAAAUUCUCUAUGGAUGUACGAGCUAACCCGCUCGGCACUCAAUGGCUCGGUUCCCAUGUCGAGACUGAACGAUAUGGCGACUCGCAUCGUGGCAACAUGGUAUCAGUUCGAACAAGACAAGGACUUUCCCUCUGUCAACUUUGACACAAACACAUACGACAGAGUCGGUCCUCUGUAUCCAGCAGCAUGGCCUAACUCACCCUCGGGAGUCGUCAAUCAGUUUGUUCAAGUUCAGGACGAUCAUGAUGAGAUCGCCCGACAGAUCGCCCAAGACGCCAUCACUCUCCUCAAGAACGACGAAAAACUACUUCCACUAAGCACCAAGAGCUCACUCAAGGUCUUUGGCACUGGUGCACAAACCAACACCGAUGGCGCCAAUGCUUGCGUCGAUCGAAGCUGCAACAAGGGCACGCUAGGUCAAGGUUGGGGAUCGGGUACAGUCGACUACAUGUAUCUCGACGAUCCCAUCGGCGCUAUCAAGAAGGAGGCCGCGGACGUGACAUUCUACAACACUGACAAGUUUCCAUCUGUUCCGAGCCCUUCAGACGACGAUGUCGCCAUUGUUUUUGUCACUUCUGAUGCGGGUGAGAAUCAGUACACGGUUGAGGGUAACAACGGUGAUCGGAAUGCGGACAAAUUGAACGUUUGGCAUAACGGCGAUGCACUUAUCAAAGCUGCCGCCGCCAAGUACAAGAAUGUUGUGGUUGUCAUUCACACUGUCGGGCCUGUCCUCGUCGACCAAUGGAUUGAUCUUCCAUCGGUCAAGUCUGUCCUGGUCGCUCAUCUUCCAGGACAAGAGGCCGGAAAGUCUCUGACCAACAUCUUGUUUGGCGACGCAUCGCCUUGCGGCCACUUACCCUAUUCCAUUACUAAGAAGGAGGACGAUAUGCCCGAGAGUGUCACCAAGCUCAUCGACUCGGGCUUCAUCGAUGCGCCGCAAGAUACUUACAGUGAAGGACUGUUCAUCGACUAUCGCUGGCUCAACAAGGAAAAGAUUCAACCUCGGUAUGCGUUUGGCCAUGGACUGAGCUACACCAAUUUCACGUACACGAAUGCGACCAUCAAGAGAGGCAUCCAGCUCAGCCAGUACCCUCCCAAGCGACCCGCAAAAGGAAAGGUUCUGGAUUAUUCGCAAGACAUUCCAGACUACAAAGAAGCUGUUAAACCCAGCAGCUUUAAAACCAUCUGGCGCUACCUAUACUCUUGGCUCUCCGAAUCCGACGCAAAGUCCGCGGCCGCCAAAGCCGAGACGUCGAAAUACCCUUACCCAGACGGCUACUCCACCGCGCAGAAGACGGCUCUCCCCAAGGCGGGCGGUGUUUCAGGCGGCAACCCUGCUCUCUGGGAUGAAGCUUAUACUCUGUCGGUGGUGGUGACUAACGCAGGUUCCAAAUUCUCCGGCAAAGCUUCUGUACAGGCCUACGUCCAAUUUCCGAGCGUUGCCGGAUACGAGACUCCCGUCAUCCAGCUGCGCGACUUUGAGAAGACCAAGGUUUUGGAGCCUGGCUCGAGUGAGACGGUGCAAUUGACCUUGACCAGGAAGGACUUGAGCGUCUGGGAUGUCGAGGCUCAGGACUGGCUUGUCCUUGAUGGGGAGUUUAAGAUUUGGCUGGGGUCUGCGAGCGAUAAGUUGGACGCUGUCUGCUUCACUGACGAUUUGGGCUGCGAGCACGACGUCAAGGGACCAGUAUCAUACGAUUAG